GAGGUUGUACUUCGGUCGUGAGAAAAAAACUAAGAUGGCGUCUCGUCAAGAAAGAUAGGAUGGCCUGAAGAGAGUGAUGAUGUUGAUCGGGAAAUGAUUGAUAACGAUAUAAAUUGAUAAAGUUUGAGACCCUCCUUCGACACUUAAGCGAACACAAGCCGUCCAUGUUUCUGAGUCCUUGGCUGAGUGGAGUUUAUGGAGAACUGACGCUUGAAAAAUCGGUUUACUUUGCUAGCAGCGGUAAGCUAGCCAACUGGACCGAGCACAGCUGGCCAACAUUAGCCAAACCACCAGCAGUCAUCACAACAACAGAAGGAAGGAGAGCGGCCACAGUCCCUAUCACACCCCGGGACAUCGCGGUGUCUGCGGGGCAAUGGAAGGGGAAGAGUUUGUACCUCCUCCGGAGUGUCCCGUAUUCGAGCCAACAUGGGAGGAGUUUCAGGAUCCUCUGGGCUACAUCGCAAAGAUACGUCCAAUUGCAGAGAAGUCUGGGAUCUGCAAAAUUCGACCUCCUCAAGACUGGCAGCCACCCUUUUCUGUGGAGCUGGAUAGUUUCCGCUUCACUCCUCGUAUCCAGAGGCUUAAUGAGUUGGAGGCUGAGACAAGAGUGAAGCUUAACUACUUGGACCGCAUUGCCAGAUUUUGGGAGAUACAGGGAUCUUCCUUGAAAAUCCCACAUAUCGAAAGGCGCAUCCUUGAUCUUUUCAGCCUGUCAAAGGUUGUAACAGAUGAAGGAGGUUUUGAGAUGGUCUGUAAGGAGCGGCGCUGGGCUCGCGUGGCUCAGAGGCUCGGCUACCCUCACGGCAAGAACAUCGGGUCUCUGCUGCGCUCGCACUACGAGAGAAUCGUCUACCCCUUCGAAAUGUUCCAGUCUGGUGCCAGCCUGCCGCACUGCAAGCCGAAGCAUUACGAUGGCGAAGAAGUGGACAAAGAGUAUAAACCUCACUCCAUUCCCCUGCGUCAGUCUGUCCAGCCCUCCAAAAUGAGCAGCUAUGGACGCAGAGCAAACAGAUGCCAGCCUGAUGGUCCAGAGGAUCUGGCCCCCCAUCCUCUCACCACUGGCUCUCAACUCAUCUCUGCGCCUGAACCGACAGAGGAAGACAUAGAGAAAAACCCGGAGCUGAAGAAGCUGCAGAUUUACGGUGCGGGGCCGAAGAUGAUGGGACUCGGACUAGUGGCAAGAGACAAAGGCAUCAGGAAGAAAGAUGAGCUGCCUCAAACCCUGACCAUCAAAGAGGAUGUGUCUCCUCCUCCCGGCGACGCCUCGGUCAAACCGGAGCCACUGGAGCCGCCGGAGCAGCAGAACGACGAGAGCACGUCCAGCCCUCCGAUGCCUCCGCUGAGCGUCACCGUGAAGAAGGAAGAACCAGAGGAGGAGAACGGAAAGCAUAUCGACGAGGCUGAGCCCGACCCCGACGGGCCGUGCACCAAAAUGACCAUGAGGCUCCGACGAAACCUCAACAACCCGCAGUGUGUGGAUAAUUUUGUGUGUCGGAUGUGCGGCCGGGGAGACGACGACGAGAAGCUCCUGCUGUGCGACGGCUGUGACGACAACUACCACACUUUCUGCCUGCUGCCCCCGCUCACCGAACCCCCCAAAGGCAACUGGCGGUGCCCCAAGUGUGUGGCGGAAGAGUGCAAGAAACCCUCAGAAGCGUUCGGCUUCGAGCAGGCUACACGAGAGUACACUCUGCAGAGUUUUGGGGAAAUGGCAGAUGCCUUCAAAGCAGAUUAUUUCAACAUGCCGGUUCAUAUGGUUCCCACGGAGCUCGUGGAGAGAGAGUUCUGGAGAUUAGUCAGCAGUAUCGAGGAAGACGUGACUGUCGAGUACGGGGCAGACAUACACUCCAAAGAGUUCGGAAGCGGCUUCCCAAUGAACAAUGGAAAGAGGAUCCUCACAAAGGAAGAGGAGGAGUAUGCCCGCUGCGGCUGGAACCUGAACGUGAUGCCCGUGCUGGAGCAGUCGCUCCUGUGCCAUAUUAAUGGAGACAUCUCUGGGAUGAAGGUGCCGUGGCUCUAUGUGGGCAUGGUGUUCUCGGCUUUCUGCUGGCACAUCGAGGAUCACUGGAGCUACUCCAUCAACUACCUGCACUGGGGCGAGCCUAAGACCUGGUACGGCGUCCCCUCCGUGGCAGCUGAGCGGCUCGAGGAGGUCAUGAAGAAGCUGACCCCAGAGCUGUUUGAAUUCCAGCCCGACCUCCUGCAUCAGCUCGUUACCAUCAUGAACCCCAAUAUCCUCAUGUCUCACGGAGUCCCGGUUGUUCGGACCAACCAGUGCGCUGGCGAGUUCGUCAUCACCUUUCCUCGAGCCUACCACAGCGGCUUCAAUCAGGGAUACAACUUUGCUGAAGCUGUCAACUUCCUCACUGCGGACUGGCUCCCUGCCGGUCGGUCGUGCAUCGAGCACUACCGGCGCCUGCGGAGGUAUUGCGUGUUCUCCCACGAGGAGCUCACCUGCAAAAUGGCUGCUAAUCCAGAGAAACUGGACCUCAACUUGGCCGCAGCUACACACCGGGAAAUGUUCAUCAUCGUUCAGGAAGAGAGAAAGCUGCGCAAAGGCCUGAUGGAAAGGGGCAUUACAGAAGCAGAGCGGGAGGCUUUCGAGCUGCUGCCCGAUGACGAGAGACAGUGCGACAAAUGCAAGACCACAUGCUUCCUGUCGGCUCUGGCCUGCUCAAACUGUCCCGAGCGUCUGGUGUGUCUCUAUCACACUCAGGAUCUGUGCAACUGUCCCACUGAUAAACUCUACCUCAGGUAUAGAUACACCCUGGAUGAGUUGUUAGCCAUGUUGCAUCGAUUAAAGGUUCGCUCAGAGUCCUUCGACUCGUGGGCCAACAGAGUAAAAGAAGCACUUGAGCAGGAAGAGGGAAACAAAAUAGAUAUUAAAGAUUUGGAGACGCUGAAGGGCGAAGCGGCAGAGAAGAAGUUUCCCGAUAACGAACUUCUCCGGAAACUCAACACUGUCCUGAAAAACAUCGGACAGUGCAAGCAGACGAGCACCGAACUCCUCAGUAACUCUCAGAAUCGUGAAAAUAGGAUGACGUUGGCGCAGCUGCAGUCUCUGGUCGAGACCAUGCAGAACCUGCCCUGUGUGAUGACCCAGUUAGAGGAAGUCCAGGCGGUUUUGCAGACGGUGGAGGGCUACCGGAGCAAGGUUCAGCUUCUCGUCAACGAAAAGGACUGGAGGAAGGACUCACCGCCGCCCGAGCAGCUGCAGGAGCUGUUGGAGGCAGGGGCCGAGCUGGCCGUCGUGGUGCCGGAGUUCACUUUACUCCAGGGCCUGAAGGAGCAGGGCCACUGGCUGGCGGACGUCAGGCGCACCCUCGGCACCGACGGAGGGGAGCGGCAGGAAGUCACACUGGACGUGCUGCGGAACCUGAUGGAGGCCGGCUGCAACGUGCCUCAGAGCGUGUCGGUGGAGACCGCCAUGGCGGAGCUGCAGGAGCUGCUCACCAUUGCGGAACGCUGGGAAGAGAAAGCACAGAUCUGCUUGGAACAAAGGCAGAAGCACCCGCUCUCUACCCUGGAGGCGAUAGUGAAUGAGGCCCAGCUAAUUCCAGUCACACUACCCAACAUUCUGGCUCUGCAGGACUGUCUCACCCGAGCUCGAGCCUGGGUGACAGACUUAGAGGAAAUACAGAACGGAGAGCAUUACCCAUGUCUGGAUGACCUGGAGGGCCUGGUGGCUAUCGGGAGGGACCUUCCGGUUUUCAUGGCGGAGUUGAGGCAGCUGGAGCUGCAGGUGGCCAGCGCGCACUCCUGGAGGGACAAGGCCAGCAAGACCUUCCUGAAGAAGAGCACUCAGCACAGCCUGCUGGAGGUGUUGUGUCCGUGUGCAAAGCGGAGGGAGAGGCGAGCCGCUCCAGAGCUGGCGGACGAUCCGUCAGAUGAUUCAGAUACUAACACCCUGGGGCUGUCUGCCCAGGACCUGAGGGACCCCGCAGCCAUUGUGAUGGCGUUCAAAGAAGGGGAGCACCAGGAAAAGGAAGCACUACUGAGGCUACAGAAAGUCAACAUGUGCAAAUCUGGACUUACUACUGCGAGUCAUUCGGAGGACAAGGAGAACGGGAGGUGGGACGACUCCAUGGAGACGGACGCGUCCAUCCACUCCGAGAACUCUGUGAAAGAGAACGGCAACAGCAACCACACCUGCGCCGCCCCCCAGUCGGUGUGCGUGUGCUCCGGGCGGCCCCGCGCCCCUCAGCUCCGCUGCCACCUGUGUAAGGACUGGUUCCACGGCGGCUGCGUCUCCUUCCCCUCCCUGCUGCCUCCGUCCGGACCGCCGAUUAACCCCCUUUGCUGGUGGGACUGGGACUCGCGCUUCUUGUGCCCGCGGUGCCAGCGGUCGCGGCGGCCGCGCCUGGAGACCAUCCUGGCGUUGCUCGUAGCCCUGCAGAAGCUGCCCGUCCGCCUGCCCGAGGGAGAGGCCCUGCAGUGCCUGACGGAGCGGGCCAUCACCUGGCAGGGCCGGGCCAAGGAGGCGCUGGAGACCGCCGAGGUGCAGCAGGCUCUCCAGAAGCUGCACGAACUCAAAGACACUCUCCACCACGAAGCGGAGAAAGAGACGCAGGAAAGCUCAGUUAUUGUUUUAUCAGACUCUGAAGGAGCCGACGGAGACGACGCGAUCAUCGAUUUAACAGAGGAUAAUUCACCUAAGAAGAACAAGGAAACCAAUGGCACUCUGGCUGGGUGUGAAAAUGGCGUCAGCAAGAAGCCCAACGUUACAGGAGUGGAGUCUCUGCAGGCUCUGCUGCCUUUGCUCAAAGGCGAGGUGGUGGGACUCUCCCCAGCCACCAGGCUGCGGCUGGAGGAGCUGCAGCUGGAGGGAGAUCUGCUGGAGGUGUCCCUAGACCAGACCAACACCAUCCACAGAGUCCUGCAAGCGGCGUCCUCUCCCCCCACAGAAACACUGCACACACUCAUUCAGAUUGAACUUGAAGAGCAGAGGCGAGUGAGUCGCGGACGGGCCAAGGACUCCAAGAGGAAGAGGAAGAGCCACAAAGGUGUUGGUGGUGACGGCGCAGGAGAGCGCUCUCUGGACGGCUCGCAGUCCAAGAAGAGCUGUCCCGUCAGCCAGAGCGCUCCUCCUCACGUACCCAUCCAGAUCCAUCCAGAGAUUUUGUGAUGCACUCGGAAGGUUGGAGCUCCGUUUCGCCGGAUCGGAAUGGAAGAGACGGAGCUCUCUGUGCCAGAAAACAGUGUCAACUUCUAGACAGAUGCAGGACAUCCCCACCCCCGCCCCCCUCUGCCCCGCCCCCCCUGUCCCUACCCCACCCUUCUCAUGCUUCAUCCACGUAUUCAGACAAUAACAGAGCGAUGCCUCCUCUGCUACACUCCACCGUCUCACCCACCACACCGCUCUCACCCUCCCCUCUCUCUUUUUUUUUUUUCUCACAUCUUCAGGCUCCUACUUGAACUUUGCUCCCCGCCCCUCCCGAUCCAUUUCCCCCCUGUGAACAUAUAAAGACUUUGUUGGAUCGCUGUGAGACUUAUAGGAGCGUCUUUGGUCUAGCGUUGUCUCUGAGGUCAGUCAGUAUGCUUUGUUAUCCAAACUGUAUUAAAUGCUAGUUGAGCCGUUGCCCGUUGGGGAGGCCGGCAGUUGCAGUUUUCAGUUGAGCGCUUUCUCUCUCUCUCUCUCUCUCUCUCUCUCUCUCUCUCUCUCUCUCUCUCUCUCCAUCUAUCUUUCUCUUUCUAUCUCGUUGAAGUUGGAUAAGCUAUGAGUGUGUUUAGACAGUUCUGUGGGCAUGAUUCCCGACUCUGAGGAGCAGCAGAGGAUGUUCGCCUGCUGAUCGGAGACAACGCCACCGUGGUUACAUUUGUAUUUUUUAACUUUUAGUUGUAUUAAAUCUUGCGUUCGACGCCGUUUUGAGGGGACGUGCAUUUUGAAGAAACGGAGUGAAAUUUGGGAAGUGUUAAAAAAACAGGACUUCAUGUUUUUGGUGCUACUUUCCCAAAAUUGGACAUGUGUACCUCUCUGCUUAGUUAUUCCUCCUCUCCUUUCCUUUAACGCCGUUUAUUUUAUUUUCCAGCACCUUCCCCUCUUUCACCUCAUUUCCCUUCAUUCACUCUGUUUGCAAAUUAUGGUAACUUCACUGUAACUCACUUUGUCUCAUUUUAUUUUGUUUUCUGGGUUCAAAUGGUUAUAUUAUUAUAAUUAUUAUUGAUAUUGCAGACACACAGUUGUCGUGAGUUUGUGUAUAAACUUUUCAUUUUACUGUUGCCUUUGUUUCUUUUCACUCUUGUUAGAAAAAUAAAGGUUUAGAAUUGUUUAGGAUA